AUGACUGCUCCCAGACUCAUUCCUCUGUGGAAGGAUUUUAAAUACCACUUAAAUGAUGCAAUAGAAAGUCAGGAAAAAAUUGAAGAUCAAAAGGAUGAUUUAAUUAUCCUCAGUGACCGUUCACAGAUAUUGUACAGAGAUUCUCGCUAUCCUCAAAAUAUGCCACUUAUAUGCCAUUAUGUCAGUGAUGCCAAUUUUUUUGUCUCCUUUUCUUGGAUAACAGCAGGCACAAAAGAAAUACAGGCUGUAGCAUGGAUGAAGAACAAAGACGAAGACAUGGUUGAGAAAAGAACAUUCUCUAUGACGGAACGUUUGCCUCCAGUUCAAUCCAUGGUUCAUACUGGUUCCUUUCAUAUUAUUGUGGCCUACUGUGGUGACCUGAAUCUUCGACUCUUUGGGGACCACUUUCGGGCAUUCAAGCCCUUGGGUAUAGUUCCAUGUCGCUUCAAUAUCAGCUGCCUGUGCUAUGACCCAGAAAUGAAGAUGCUUCUGACUGGUAUCAUGGGGGGAGUCGUCUCUUGGAUCAUAGAGCAGAGUGGCAGAGGCCUCCAAUUAGCCUACACAAUGUCCAUGCCUGGUGAUGAACUUGUCCAAGACAUCAUGUUAAAUGGUCCAAAUGGCACCCUCCUAGCUCUCUGUGAGUCGGUGGUGAGGGUUCUUGAGCGCCAGGACAAAGGAAAGCUGGCAGAAGUAAAGAAGUUCACAUCCAUCACCAGUGGCUCCUCUAUUACUUGCUGUCAUAUCUGUUUUGGUCAGGGCUUCCUCUAUGCUGGAAAUAAGACUGGGGGAGUCCAAGUAUGGAACCUUCGACGGGGCCAGUCUCUUCACAGUUUCAUGGCCCAUACUUUAUCAGUGAUAUGUAUCCGUAGUCAGCCAGAAGCCCACACCUUGUUAACAGGUGGCAUGGAAGGUAUAAUCAAGGAGUGGAACCUGACUUCAGGGAACCUGUUGCGGCGGCUAGAUCUUGGCGAGGAAUUGUUCGCACUCCAGUUCAUUGAUGCAGUUACUUUCUUCUGCCAGACAGUCCAUAGUUUCUCCUUGCGCCGUAUGCCCUGCUUCUAUAACCUCUUCAAUGUCUGUGGUGCUCCACCCAGGCAACUGCAGCGUGUCCACUGCAGUGGUAAUUGUUUCCGGAUCCUAUGCCUUACUGAGGAUGGCUUGAUGCACUUUAUAUCCCCACUCACAGGUGAACUUUUGAUUGUCACCUGGCCCUUCCUAUUAUUGGACAGGGCUGUGGAUUGGGCCUAUAAUCCAGAAAUCCAGGAACUUUUUGUAGCAGCAGGUAAUGCUGAUAUACUGGUAUUUGACACCACUCGCAGUCCUUGCCCAGUUAAGUAUAUCCUAUGUACCUCACCAGACUCUCGAGACAAGAUACAGUGUCUGGCUUAUGGGAAUAUCUGCCCAGGUUAUGGUGUAGAAGGACUGAUAUUCUCUGGUCACCGGAGUGGUAUGAUCAAAGUACUCUCCCAUCAAAACUUUGCCCGAAUAGAGAAAUUCAUGCAUUAUGGGGCUGUAUUGGCACUCUCUACCCUUCCUGGAGGGCAGUAUAAUGACAGAAAAAACUCUCUGCUCUGUUCCUAUGGAACAGAUGAUUAUAUACACCUGUCAGAAGCUAUGUUUGAGGCUAAAAGGGUAAGUCUGUAUCCCCUCACUAGUAUUCUCAGCAGCUGUCACCUAAGACACCUGAUGCUCUUGCCCAAGUUUGUUGGUGCCAUCACAAAGUCGAACUGCCUACGUAUCUGGAAGUUUAGUGAUUUUCUAUCUUCUCAAACUCAAGAAGGUGCAAAAUUCAUAGAGACACUGCCUCUGCACCAGUGUAAAAUCACAUCUUUCGAUGUCUGCUUGUCUUUGAAACUUCUUGUCACCCGUGGUAAUGAUGGCUCUGUCCGGGUAUGGAACUUCCAUGGUAAACUCAUAACCUUGCUGGACUCAUCAUUGCACUUUGGCCCAGUCUGCUUUGCAAAUGAUCGAGGAGAUCUGCUUGUGACUUUCAACCAGAGCCUUUAUCUGGUGUCUUGUUUAAAACUGCUUCCUAUAAGCCUUUUAAUUAAUCUUUCCUUUAUGAGCAUUAUAGAUGAUGUGCCAGAACUUCCAAAACCUUUUACACCAAGUUUCUUCUUCUCUUUUGAGAUCAUGCUUGUGCCCAAGUAUAACUACUGUGGAUACGGGAAACAAGAGUUAGUGGGACUAUAUAGUCUUGUCAAUAAGCGGGGAAUUGCUUUUGACUAUACUGUGCCUCAUGUCAUAGAAGAAGAUGAGCAAGGAAGCACCGUUUUUGUGCCUAAAAUCAGGUACGAAUCCCAAAGUCAGAUUUGGGAUGCUGAUAAGAUGGACAAAGAAGAGCCUUAUUAUGAGGUUACUCCUCAACUAAAGCUAACUACCUGGGAUGGACUCAACCCUUAUCAGAUAUUGAGGUCCUACUUUGGUCAGGGACAGAAAUGGCCUAUUGCUCCUGAUUGUUACAUCCCCAACUCAGUGAUUCGUGCCCGACUUUGGCCAGACGGAAGCCCUGUAUUCCUGCAAUGUACUCUUCACUCACCCGUACGGGUAUUAGAUUGGGACAAAUCUGAACAAUUCUUUUUCUGGCAGAGUGAGACAGGCAUUAGGGAACACCAUAUAAAGUACAAGGAGGAAGAUGACUUCCUAGAUAGAAGACUCUCUAGUGAUCACACCUACUCAAUCCUUUUAAGUGUAGGAAAUCGCAAUUGGCUGGGAAGAAGGAUGAGUGAAAUGGCUCUUAAUAGCCUGAUUGAUACAAUCCUUACUAUUACAGCUCACGCAACUCCAUUAAAGUACCAAACCUGUGUCGGUGUGCUGGGGCAAAUCUUUGCCACUUACCAGGUAUCUCCAGCCAUGCGCUCUGAAGUCGUCCGUCGACUACUGGAUGAUACCAUCAAUUCCAAUUCAUUGAUCCGAGAGCUAGCCUGGGAAGGAUUCAAACGUUUAGGAAUAAUUACUCAUCUCUUUGCUGUGCCUCUGGCAAAAGGAUUAUUGGACAAGGAGCAGAACGUGAGGGAAAAGGCCCUCAUCCUCAUGCCUGAUACUGGUAUCAACUGUAAGACUUCACUCUUAAAUUUGAUCCAGCACCGAGACACAUUCCGAGAUAUGCAGCAGGAAAUGGUUGGAGAGGAAUCUUUGGACCAGUUGCUAGGAAUGCGACCCACGGAUUUUCAAAUCCUUCAUACUCAAAUAAAGCAGCGACUGAAUGAAGACCUGACCUUGUGCCAAGGAGAUUUGGCUUCUUUUUCUUUUGAGGUCUCAAAGCCUUAUGAAUUUGAACCAAGGAAAUCUGAGAUAGCUGAAGACUUGGAAGCAUCCAUCAAGAAAGGCCAAAGGAUUCGAGCAGGAGUGAAAAGACCAUCUCGAAAGUUGUUCCAAAGCAGCAAGAAGACAAAAGAGACUGUACCAGGUCCAUUAGAGGGUGAAGUUGAUCAGAGUGAACGAAGCCUAUUAGAGGAUAGAGUUGAAAAGAGUGAAGCUAUACCAACUGAGGGAGAGGAUACAACCAUCCAUUCAAGAAGGUCUUCAACUCAAAGUCUAAAGGAUGAUGAACCAGAGAAAGAAACUUCAAGGGAUCAUGUUGCAGUGGCAUUGAAGAUGUUGAGGAAACUACGUGAAAAAAAAAGCAAGAAAAAGAAAAUUGUUAAGUCUGUAAAGAGACAAAAGAAGAAGACAGAUGAGUCUCGUACUGUAAUUACAGAACCACUGCCUCCUCUAAAGAAAGAAAGAAUUUUGAAGAAAGAGAGUGGGCGAGGUGUUUCUGGAUUUUCUGGCUACCAAACUGACAGCGUAUCAUGGCGGGAUGAUCUAUGUCGUCUUAUGACUUUCAGGUUAUCUGGCUCUCAAACAGAAAUUUCAGAAGCUUUAAAUGCUGAACUGGUGAGGACAGCUCAAACAGUACUGUCUGAUCGGAGCCCCAGCUGGGAGCUCUUUAAGAAGAUCUGCCCUGUGUGGCAAAAAGAAACAGAUAAAACUGACUGGGAUAAAGGCUGGCCAGAGACGAAAUCCUAUUUUAUUCAUGAAGGAGAAAUGAGAGAGGACAUGACUAUUGGAGACAGGGAAAAGAUACCAAUGGAACAAGAUCUAAAGGAAGAAAGGGAUGAGAUGGAAUUGAAGGAAACCCAGGUGAUUCCCCAAGAAAUGAAGGACAAAAAAACAGAAAAAACCAAGAGAGAAAAGAUACUGGAAAAAGAUAAGAAAAUGUCUAUGAGAGGUUCUAUAAUAAAGAAAAAAAAAUCCCCAAAGGAUGUAAAAUUGGAUAGUAAAGAGAAAAUAAUGACCACAGCAAUGGAGGAGGAUAAAAGUGUAAAGGAAAAAGUGCCUGGAAUACAAGAAAGGUCAGUUAAAGAUGGGAAGAGGAUGUCUUGGGAAGAGAGGAAUAAAUGGCAACCGAGCAUAUCUUUUGUUGAGAGGCAUCUUAAGGAAGAGCAGAAACCACAUGAAGAUAAAGAACAACUGCAAAGAGAAACACAUAUACCUUUGGUUGAGAGUGAUCUUGAGGAAGAGCAAAAGUUACACAAAGAGAAGUUUUUCCCAGAUAAAAAAAGGAUGGAUAUGGAUGAAAAUAAACAAACAUGGCAUAAAUGGGAAAAAUUCUGGGAAGAGGAACUGCCAGAAAAACCCGGAGAGAAAUUGCCCAAAGAUGGGGAGAAAGUGACUUUAGAGAAAAUAGAGGAGGAAGAAGUAACAAUAUUCUUAGAGGAUGAAGAAGAGGAGGAGGAGGAGGAGAAGGAGGAAGAGGAAGAGGAGGAAAAAGAAGAAAAAGAUCAUGAACAGAUUCAGGAGGAAAGGAAAAAAGCCAAAUCUCUAAGAAAACAUGCCCAAGAAAAGAGGAAACUUGCACAAGAGGAGGAGAAGUUAGCAAAAGAAGAAAGAAAACUUGCUGAAGAAGAGAGAAAAUUGGCUGAAGAAGAGUGGAAAUUGGCUCAAAGAGACAGGACAGUCACUCAGUCAGAGACCAUGCUUUUUCAAGAGGAGGAAAAGCUUGCCUAUGAAGAAGAAAUUUUAAGUCAGAAAGCAGAGAAUUUGGCCCAGAAAAGGCAGGAAUUGGCUAAAAAACUGGAGGCAUUGGCUGAAGAAAAAGAAAAGAUAGGAUAUAAGGAAGAAAAAUUGGCUCAAGUGCAACUUUUAUUGGUUGAUAAAGUGGAAAAACUGACCCAGAGGGACCACGAGCUGAAUGAUAAAGAACGGGAACUAAGAGGUGAGUUGGAUGAACUAGUAUGGGAAGAAGAGGAACUUGUGUGUAAGGUAGAGAAACUGAACCAGAAAAUAUAUGAACUUAAUGUGGAAGAAGAGGAAUUGGCUCAAAAAGAGAAGACACUGAUCUUGCAAAAGGAGAAAUUGGUUGGAGAAGAAAAAAAGCUAGCCUUGGAAGAACUGCUGAUCCAGGAAGAGCUUGCCAACAGAAUGGAAAGGCUACCUGAGGAACAGGAAACAAUGGCCAAGAAAAGGGAGAUAUUGAUGGAUAAAAAGCAAGACCUGGACAAGGAAAUGAAACAACUGGACCAAAACAAGGAGACAAUCAUACAGCAAAAAGAUAUUCUGUCUCAAAAAAAGAACACUGUAGUUUUUGAAAAAGAGAAAGCGGUUCAGGAGAGGGAGAAAUUGACUAAAAAGGAAAAGUAUUUAGAUCAGUAUAAAUUAAACUUCAGCCACCAAAGAAAUAUAUUAGACCAAGUAAGAGAGAAAAUUGAUAUGUGGAAGGAAAAAAUGAUUGAACUACAAAAUAAGUUGAUGGAGGAUGAGGAGACACUUAUACAGAAGGCAGUAAAACUGGCUAUUCGUGAGAAUAAACUAUAUGAACGUGAGCAGACACUAGCUACAAAACUGCAGAAAAUUGCACAGGACAAAAUUAAAUUAGCUGCAGAGAAAACAGUAAGAUUUCAAGGAUGGAAAUUGAUCAAAGAAAGGUGGAAUCUGGCCAAAGAAGAAAAUAUACUGGCCACGGAGAUUAAGAAACUGGCCUUGGAGAAGGAAAAACUGGCUUACAACAAACAAGUUUUAUCCCAGAGAGAGCCUGAAACAACCUUAAUACACAGAAAAUCAAUUGAGACUGAAUUAGAACUAGCCAAGAGGAAACUGUCGCUAGAGGAGAAGAUACUAUUAUUUGAAGACAGGAUGCUGGCCAAAGAGAAAAAGGACAUAGUCAAGGAAGAAAUGAAAUGUACUAGGGGAACUAGAAUUCAUGUUCAGGAAAAAAGGAAAUUAGAGAAAUUAAUGAUAACAUUUGAUAAAGGUCAGGGUAUUUUCCAGGAACCAGAAGUGAGCCACAAAACUUUAAAAGCACUUCAAAAUCUCGUCAAACAAGAAACGAAAAUAACCAAGGAGAAAACUGAGUUAACAAAGAGGGUGAGAACACUCUUACUCAAGGAAAGUAAACUGGACCAAAAACAAAAUAUACUUGAUGAUAAAGAUUGGGAUUCAGAUGAGCAAUUAGAAAUAACCAAAGGUGAAAAAAAUCUGGCAAAAAAGCAGAGAAAACUGGUUGAGGAAAUGAUAAAAAUAAUAAAGUCAGAGGAAAGAUUACGUGAAGAAGAAAGCAAAUUAGCCAAAAAGAGAAGAUCUAUCCUAGAAGAAGAAGAAGAAGAGGGGAAAGAAGAAGAAGAGUGGAAAGAAGAAAUUCCAUUUCUUAAACAAAAAUUGAGAAAAAGCAAAAAGCUAAAGGGAGUUGAUUUGUCACAGACAGACUUUCCCAGUCAAGUGGGUGAAGUGGAAAAAGAAGAGACAUUUUCUAAAGAAAUGGUAAGUCUGUUAGAUAAAAUGGAGGAAAAGGAAAGAAAGGCAGUUGAGGAGGAAGAGGCUGAGGAAGAGGAGGAGGAAGAGGAGGAGGAAGAAGAGGAAGAGGAAGAAGAGGAAGCAAAGGAAGAGAGAAAGAGGAUUAAGGUAGAGGAAGGGAAAGAGAAGGAAGAAAGAAAGGGAAAGAGAGAGCAAAGAGGGAGAGAGAAGGAAGAGGAAAUGGCUAAGAAAAAGAAGACAAAAAAGGUGGAGGAAGGGAGAGAGAAGGAAGAGGGAAAGGAAAGAAAGGCAGUUGAGGAGGAAGAGGGUGAGGAAGAAGAGGAAAGCCUAAGUGAGAAAGAGGAGGGAAUUUCACUGGAAGAAGCAGUGGUAGACAAGGCAGAAACAAUGUUGGUAAAAGCAAAACGAUUUAAAUUGCAAAAAAGAAAGGACUUAAGAGGAAGAGGAAGAGUUCCUUCAAUGGAACAAAUAACCCCAAGGAUCAAAGAUAUAAAACUGGGUAUUCUGCAAAGUAAAACCGAGAAACCAAUUUCAGUAUCUUUGGGAAGAGCAGAGAAGUCAGAGUUAGAAUCCUUAAAAGAAAUAAUCCAGAAAGAUAUAGCCAAAGGGUACUUACCCAGGAUACUUCAAUGGACAAAGUCUAUGGAAAAACAAGAUCUGUUCGAUGAAUAUAAGCCCAUACUUCUACCAGAUUUAGAUAGAAUUUUGGAGUCCCAAGAAUUGGAUGUAACGACGCCAUUUAUAACCCAUAUAUUAAUGAAAACCAUGAAAGCUCAGAAACUUAAAGGCAAACCUCUAGGGAACAAGUGGCAGUGGAUUUUGCAGCGUCGUCCAUCUCUUAGAGAACAGUUACCUAAGGGUAAGAGACACGUGCCCCAAAUCCUGCCUGAGGAAAUAUUUACAGAGGAGGUCACCCUGUCAGAUGAAAAGUGGAUGCACCAUAUUCUGGAACAGAUGAAAACAGGAGAACAACUUUCCAGGGAUAAUUUCCACAGACUGUGCCAACUUCUCAAAAACUUCAUCUCAAAGGGAAAUUUAGAAGAGAUGCAUAUGUCUCUACUUGAAGCUAUUGUGCACUAUCACAGACAGGUCCUGGAACCACAUGACACAGGCAUAAAGCCCAGGUCAGAACUUAAGACAGGUCUGAAAUACCUGAGAGUGCUCCCUCCUAUAAAAGGAAAGGAAAAGGAAAGUUGGCCAGAGCCUUCAGCUGUUCCCACGUUAAAGCCCUCCUUAGGUCCCAAAAGGAAUCUGAACACAAAGGAUAAAAAUUGGCAGAUUUUAGAAGAGCCUUACAGGAGCACACGGGCAGAGCAGGUAUCCAAUACUCUCAGGGAGAUGGAGAUGAAAUAUUUUUAUCCUUCUACAAGCAAGGUUAUGACAGAUGUCCACGCCUCUGUGACCCAGCAAACUUUAGCACUAACGUUUCAAAAGGAUUUCUGGACUUCUAAAGCCGGGAAAGAAUUUACCAAACUACCUAAACUGGAGAAGAAAGCACAGCCCAUCUCUGAAAAAAAAGAAGAGAUGCCACCAUGGGAGACAUUUGUUGCACUGUAUUAUGUUUUGCGGAAGUUGCAGGCACGAUAUGCAAAAGACAGAGCUGCUUGGAUGGAACAGUUCUACCAUAUCAUGGACCUGUACCAAAUUAAGUCCCCACAAAUCCAGCGGCUGCUACAGGAGUUGCUACUGACGGAAGAGCCUCAAUCCCAUGAGAUUAUCAACAGAGAGGCCCUGAAGGCCAUGGAUUUAGUUCCCGGGGAGCGUCUGUUCUACCAAUUGUCUGUUGAUAGCUAUCCUGCCUCUUAUGGUCCUCUGAAGUUUCAGGAGGUGGUCUCACUCCCGGAGCAGAAUAAUGUACAUUCCAUCCUCCCCAUGGGCAUUGCCCACUAUGGGAUAUUAGAACUUGCCUGGAAGAGCCUGCCCCAAGCUGAUAGUCACCUCACCAAAAAAAUGCCCCACAUUGGUGCUAAUACUCUUUAA